GCCCCGUCGACAUGGCCGACGAGGAGGCCCCGAGCGAAGGGUCGGGAUGGUUAUUCAGCUGGCUUCCUGCCUGGUGUCCCACAUCACUGCUACAUCUUAAAGAGGCUGAAGACAGAAUGCUGAAAUGUAUCACCAGCACAUACAACAAACGGUAUGUGUACCUAUCUAAUGGGAAUAAAAUAUGGACUCUGACCUUCUCUCCAGACCUCUCUCAUAAAACCCCACUCGUUCUUCUUCAUGGCUUUGGAGGAGGCAUUGGACUGUGGGCUCUCAAUUUUGAAGACCUCUGUGAAAACAGGACCGUUCAUGCUUUUGACCUCUUGGGAUUUGGACGUAGCAGUAGACCACACUUUGACAAUGAUGCUCGGGAAGCAGAAAAUCAGUUUGUGGAAUCCAUAGAAGAAUGGAGAAAGGAGGUGGGGUUAGAAAAAAUGAUUUUACUCGGACACAACCUAGGUGGAUUCCUGGCUGCUGCUUACUCACUGAAGUAUCCAUCAAGGGUAAAGCACCUUAUCUUAGUGGAGCCAUGGGGUUUUCCAGAGAGGCCUGACAAUGCUGAACAAGAAAGACCAAUUCCAAUGUGGAUCAAAGCACUAGGAGCUAUAUUGAGCCCAUUUAAUCCUUUAGCUGGGCUGAGAAUAGCAGGACCCUUUGGAUUAAGCCUUGUGCAGCGUUUAAGACCAGAUUUCAAGAGAAAAUACUCAUCAAUGUUUGAUGAUAACACUGUGACUGAGUAUAUCUAUCACUGCAAUGUGCAGACACCCAGUGGAGAAACUGCUUUCAAGAAUAUGACUAUUCCUUAUGGAUGGGCAAAAAGGCCAAUGCUGAAACGGAUUUCACACUUGGAUCAAGACAUUCCGAUCACUGUGGUCUAUGGAGCACGUUCAUGUAUAGAUGGCAAUUCUGGCAGCACUAUCCAGUCUCUGAGACCAAAUUCAUACGUGAAGACAAUAGCUAUCCUUGGUGCAGGUCAUUACGUGUAUGCUGAUCAGCCUGAAGACUUCAAUCAGAGGGUGAAAGACAUCUGUGAUUCUGUGGACUGACUGUGUUCUAGUGUGCUCUCUUUAGAAGUUCUUACUGUAGGUAACAUUAAUAGCAAUACUCUGUAGGAAAUUACUAAAGAACGCAGAGCUAAAGGAGCAGGCACUGUUUGCACACUCUUUCUUCUAAGAAGUCAUUUGCACACUUAAACCACUUAGUGCCUUUUGGGGGGAUAGGGUGAUUUUAAGCAAAUUUUGUACAGGUUUGUUUGAGAUUUGUCUUUAGGUAUUGGCCUGUCAUGUAUGAAAUUGCAUACAACUUUUUUAAACUGGAAUUUUCUUCAAAUUGUAAUUGGACUUUGCAUAUAUUGAAUAUCUUAAAGAGGUUGCAUUCUCCACUGGCACAGAGAGCUACAUCAAUAUAGAUGUAAUGCAUAAAAUGCAGUUUGGCUUCUUUAUAAGCGUUCAUAUUUUCUAGCUGAUGUUUCAUAGCAAGAAUAUGAAAUUGCUUUUACAUACUUUAUUUUUGGAUUGCAGAACUCCAUACACUGUAUUUUAAGAUUUUAUGUCUUGUCUGUUGAAGUUAAAACAGCUUGUGAAGCUGAUUUUUGGAAUAGAGACAGGGCCAAAAUAGUGCAUGGUGUUUGUCACUGAAACAUGUCAGUUUGUAGGGAAUCGGGGCUCGAUAUGAGGCAAUCUUUCUGCUGUUGGAUGUUAUUUCCAUUUAUCUGAAGGCAUUUUCUGCUGUGUGUAACUUUUAUUGAAGCCUCAGUUUCUGAGUUGAUGAUGUCACUGACAUUCAUGCUUCCAGAAAUAUUUUGAUUUGUAGGUUUUGGUGAUUUUUUUUUAAAAGGCAGAAGAUGGCUUCUUAGUUACUCCAUCUAUUUUUAACAUCGAGUAAUUACUGCAAGAUUUGUUGCUAGCUUAAACCUAACAAUUGUAGAUAAGUUGACAAGAUUGGAUUAAUGCUAGGAAAUGGCCAUCUGGAUAGUGAGUACAACUCUCUUUUCCUUUUGAUAGAAAACCUAGCCUGUUUUUUAUUAAAUUUUGGGGAGAGGGGGAGAGUACUGUUGUUCUCUAAGGGGGAGCUACAACAGAAUAGUGUAUUUUAGUUAACAUGCAGCCUCCUUAUAGGAAGGAUGAUUAUUACUGCAAUAAAUGAUACCACUAUAACAACGUACAAUUGCAUGUUUUAGAGGUCCUUUAUAUAGUUUUAUCUUUCCAUUGAAUAUUAUGGAAUCAAAGCUAAUCCAGUCUCAGCAUCUCUUUUGAACUGUAGAUUGAUGUUAGUUCUUUGCAUGCUUAGUAAAUUAUAUUAAGAAAAAUACUUUGUCACUUUAAAGCCAAAUUACGUGGUGGUUUGUUUUUAAAAAAACAAGUUUACAUGAAACUUUUGAUCUGCUUUUGAAUGUUGAAUUGACUACUACAGACUUCUUGAUACUUUUAUACAUAGAGGAUUUGAAUUAACAAUAGCACCGUCUUGAGGCUUGAGUGGAAUUCUGUGCAUUAUUGCUCAAAUUAAUGAUUUGUUGCACAUAUUUAUGACGUGAAAGGCAAAGAUACCUAAAAUGUUCAGAAAAUACUCUGGUUAUGUUUCAGGCUGAGCAUUCUCUCUCUCCCUCAAGGAGAUGUUUA